UAUUAAAAACCGCUCAUGACAGAACCGGAAGAGGAAGGGGGAAGAAGAACGCGUUGCUGGUCUUCGUUACUUUCAUUCAUUCCUUCACUCAAAAGAAAACAAAAAGAAAAAACCCUAGCUAGCCUUCACCGCCGCCGUUCGUGGCUGUCCGAGGAGUCUUUCUUCGUACUGUCGGCGUUAUCCAAGUCAAACCCCCUGUUCCCUGUCUUCUUCCUCGCUCGGCGCCCAUCCUCCAUCGAAUUCUUCCUGCUCGCGGUCGUCCUGUCACCGUCGUCGUCGUCUCGUCGCCCUCUCGAAGGGAAAACGGAUGGAGCUUUUGUGCAUCAAACAAUGGAUAAGUGGCCUUCUUCCAACCGCUAUUCUUUAAAAGCUGCUUUGAUGAUUAACUAUGACCCAGUUGGGCCGUCUCUCUGUCUACGAUUGAUGGGUUCGCCGGUGAAGAAGAUCAUGCUAUGCAGUUCGGAAAAGGAGAUUUUCAGUGUGGAAGAACAAGUGAUGGUGCAACAUUCGGUGAUCAUAAACAACAUGAUCGAAGAUGGGUCGUACAACCAUGAAGAGAGCAAGAUUCCAUUGGAUUGCGUUGACUCCAAGACUCUCAAGAAGGUCAUCGAUUAUUGUACACACCACACUCACCACCAGAACGACAACCAAGAAGAUCUUGAGGCUUGGGAUGCUCAAUUUCUCAAUGUUGAUUCUAACGGCCUUUAUGAUUUGUUGAUGGCAGCAAAUUAUCUUGAGAUUAGAAAUCUCUUGGAUCUGAUAUACGGAACUAUAAAAAAUAUGAUAAAGGGAAAGAAAAUAGAUGAGAUACGCAGAAUCCUCAACAUCAAAGACCAUGGCUUCACUCCUGAAGAGGAAGAACAAAAUCGCAAGGAGUACCCACAUCUUUAUUAGAACAAAUCUUGUCUACUCUUCAAUUUUAUUUGUUUUAGAUUUUUUCUAUAUGAUGGAUUAACACCUAGUAUUCAAUAUGGGGAUGAUAGAAAGUGUUUUGACUCUUUUGAUAUCGUACAGUUUUCUUUUCAAUUGUAUAUUUAGUUAAAAACUCUUAUUGUCAUCAUUUUAUUAGUACUUAAUUUAGUUUUAAUUUUCUUUAAUUUAAAAUUUAAAUCCGUUGACCUAUAUGGG